AUACAGCCUCUUGGAAAUUUGAAAUUAAUGGACCUCAGCUACUCUAAUGACCUGAUCAGGAUUCCGAACCUGUCUAGUAUUGCCCCAAAUCUCGAGUUUCUAUAUUUGAAAGGAUGUUGGAGUUUGGUUGAAAUUCCCUCUCUUCAAAAUCUGAGCAAGCUUACUGAACUUUAUUUAACUGGAUCCAAUAAAAUCAAAGAUUGUCCAGAGAUUCCGUGUCAACUUGUCAUAUUGUCCUUGGAUCGGUGUACAGCACUCGAGAGUCUUCCAAGCAGCAUUGGCAAUUUGAAACGUCUUGAAGAACUUCAUCUAGCUGAAUGUUCAAGACUCAUGACUAUUCCAAGCAGCAUAGGCGAGUUGAAAUGUCUUGAAAAGUUAUUUCUCCCGAAUUGCUCAAAUUUAGCAAGUCUUCCUGAAAGCAUCAAACAACUUUCGAAGUUGAAACGACUUAAUUUAAGAAGUUGCGAGAGACUUAAAAGUUUACCAGGGCUUCCAUCAUGCUUAGAAUUAUUACGUGCAAAUGAUUGCCGCUCUCUGGAAUCUGCAUCAAUUUCUUUCAAUUUCUUAGAACAUGAUGAUGAAAAUGAAGAAGCGGAUAGAAGUGAACAUGAAAAUGAAGAAGCACAUAAAAGUGAAUCAAGAUUGCAAAUUUCUUAA